AUGCCAGCGCAAACGUCAUGGCUCGAGAGUCUCACGCUUGUGAAACUGCAGAGAUUGGCCACCAUCAUAGGCUCGCCAUCAUCAGGCACCAAAGCAGUCCGUAUUGCCGGCAUACGCGAAGCGAUUGACAAGGCAGCUCCUCUUGACAAGACAUCGACUGGGUUGAGUCUGCUGAGUAUUGACAUGGGAAUCCGGAAUCUUGCGUUCGCCCAUAUCAAAGCCCCGGCUAUAUUGGGCUCAGAUGGCUUUUAUCAAUAUGGACAGCCAAUGAUCGAGACAUGGCAACGUCUAUCAGUGUCAACGCCCGAGGGGUCUACUACGAGUGUCCAGGCAAGGAAAGCUGGCCCUCCUGUAGAAGAAAAUGGGCUUCGAUCAGGGCCCGCACCAGGUGCAAAAGCAAAGAAGGAGUCUUUCGAACCCAUUGAUUUCGCUGCACAUGCUUAUCGGUUUAUUGAUCAUGUGCUGAAAACACAUAAGCCGAAUCAGAUUCUGAUAGAAAGACAGAGGUUCCGAACGGGCGGACAGGCCAGCGUGCAGGAAUGGACAAUCCGCGUGGGAGUGUUCGAAGGUAUGCUUUACGCAGUGCUGCGCGCACUGGCAGGGGAGCGAAAAUUGAAUCUGCAUAUCGACCCUAUGCAGCCUGCACGAGUGAAUGGAUCUUGGCUAGAGGGCUCUGAUUCCCCGAAGACGGCCCAGGGGAAGAGGUUGAGCAGUCGAGAUGUGAAGCAAGCCAAAAUCGCACUGGUUUGCAGAAUGCUGGAAGGGAAAGCAAAACACUCAAGUUUUACUGUCAGUGAGCAACUGCAGCCUUUCACGGAAGAUUUCACCUCUGUAUGGAAAAAGGAGGCUAGGGAUAAGAAAUCUGCAAAUGGUGGGAUUGGGAAGCUUGACGACCUAGCAGACUCACUGCUCCAAGGACUUGCUUGGAUCAAUUGGCAGAACAAUCGCAUACGAUUGAGAUUGUUGGGAAAAGAAGCAUUUGAUCUCGACACUAGCUGA